GAUGCGGUCACCAUAGAGACCGGGACUGACGGCGAGCGGAAGAGGAAGGCGCGGGCCGGGCUGUGAGGUGGCAGCGGCUGCAGCGGCGGAGCCGGCGCCUCGGUUGGGCACUGGGGUUUGUUCCCCCUUCCCCGCCCUUCCCCCUGCGGGGGCCACAGGGGCGCCGCUUCCGAGGACAGGAGCAGGUCCCACUCCCGCGCCCUCGUCCCUGCUCCCCCCAGGACGGUCCUGGCCGCGUGGAUCACACCUGGGCCGCCUUUACCGGUCCGCCGCCUCCCCCUCGGCCCUGCUGCAGGGCCUCCCCCGGCGGGCCUCGGGGUGUGCCUGCUCUCCUUCGUCCGCUGGCGCAGGCAGGGCCUUUGCCCCGCCGACAGGCCUGGUAACGGGGUCUUUGCCCUCCGGUCCCAGCCGCGAACCUGCAUUGCCUCCGACGGAACAAACCCAGCCGAGUCCCCCAGCUCCUCCUCGACAGUUCCGUGACGCAGCCGGUUUUAUUUCUGUUUGGAGACUAACAGCUAAAACUCGCUUUGGGCCUUCUUUCCAGGGCUGGAGCUGGUCUCUGAUCGCUGAGAAGCAGAUAGAGCAGGGGGUCUGGUCCUUGGCAGAGGUCACUUCCCAAGCCAGCCGAGCCUCCGUUUGCUUUUGCAGGAGCCGUGUGUUGUCUCUAGCUUCUCGUCUCCCCACUUGGGUUUGGCUUGGGGCCCUGGGGCCCUGGUAAAACCAGACACCGAAUUGCUCUUACACAGCCAGAGUCACCGUCAUUUGCUCAUCGUCUCUUCACAGAGGAAGGUGGGCAGCACCAGCCUCUCAGCAGCUGGGAUUCAGAGAAGGAUGCCAUGCAAAAUGGCUCCAUCAGCCAUUGUGCUCCUCUGAGAGGCUCUCCGUGCUGAUUCACCAUAUCUGUCCACCUCACUUGGGUGGGCAGAACUGUGCACCAUGCCAGUGGCUCCUGACCACUCCCAACUGGGAGGAGGGGUUACUCUAGCUGUGUGUUUCCGUAACACUCAGGAGUAGGGUAGGGAGAGGCCCUUAACCCUUCCCUUGGGCUCGCCUUCUAUAGCUAGUCGGCACCCCCUUUGGUACAUUGAGUGAGCAACGUGCCCCCAGCUAGGGGCCCUUUGACAAAGGCCUACCGACGCAGGCUGUUGGAGUUGGGGCUGUUAUUUUGAUGGAGCAUGCCCUUGGCCCCAGCCCCUUCUUUACUCGCUUCUGCUGUCUCCACUUAGAUCCAGUCUACAGAUGCGUGUAGUCCUUCUUUCUGGGUUAGAUUUGGCAGGAUUGAGUUUUGUUUCCUCGUCAUUCUGGAAGACAGACCAUAAGCACAUUAGUGGGUGAAAUCGACUCUGAUACUUACUGCCAUUUAGACGAAGGGUUAAAUCCGGCACCUUGAGGACUGAAGCCCAGGCAUAUGCUUCCUGGGGAUGCUGGGCCUGGCAGCAGGCCUGGCAACCUUGCUGUGUCGUUGACCUCAUUGACCCCAGGCUUCCUGGAUAAAACCAUAGGCCUACUACUGGCCCGACACCCAUCAACCUACUGAUUGAUCCUUGAGGCCGUCCCCUCCGGGGCAUGCACGUGGCAGGGCCUGCCACCAUGCGCCUGAGUUCCCUGUUGGCUCUGCUGCGACCAGCGCUGCCCCUCAUCCUCGGGCUGUCUCUGGGGUGCAGCCUGAGCCUCUUGCGGGUUUCCUGGAUCCAGGGUGAGGGAGAAGAUCCCUGUGUAGAGGCCGUGGGGGAACCAGGAGUGCCGCAUAAUCCAGACUCCAGAACUGGACUCGACCAAAGUGAUGAAGACUUCAAACCCCGGAUUGUCCCUUACUACAGGGAUCCCAACAAGCCCUACAAGAAGGUGCUCAGGACUCGGUACAUCCAGACGGAGCUGGGCUCUCGGGAGCGGUUGCUGGUGGCUGUCCUGACUUCCCGGGCCACCCUGUCCACUCUGGCCGUGGCCGUCAACCGCACGGUGGCCCACCACUUCCCUCGAUUAUUGUACUUCACGGGGCAGCGGGGGGCCCGGACGCCUGCGGGCAUGCAGGUGGUAUCUCACGGGGACGAACGGCCGGCCUGGCUCAUGUCAGAGACCCUGCGCCACCUUCACACACACUUUGGGGCCGACUACGACUGGUUCUUCAUCAUGCAGGAUGACACGUAUGUCCAGGCCCCCCGCCUGGCAGCCCUUGCUGGCCACCUCAGCAUCAACCAAGACCUGUACUUGGGCCGAGCGGAGGAGUUUAUCGGCGCCGGCGAGCAGGCUCGGUACUGCCAUGGGGGCUUUGGCUACCUGUUGUCACGGAGUCUCCUGCUCCGAUUGCGGCCACAUCUGGAUGGCUGCCGAGGAGACAUUCUCAGUGCCCGUCCCGAUGAGUGGCUCGGCCGCUGCCUCAUCGACUCUCUAGGCAUCGGCUGUGUCUCGCAGCACCAGGGGCAGCAGUAUCGUUCCUUUGAGCUGGCCAAAAAUAGGGACCCUGAGAAGGAGGGGAGCUCGGCUUUCCUGAGUGCCUUCGCAGUGCACCCUGUCUCCGAGGGAACCCUCAUGUACAGGCUCCAUAAACGCUUCAGCGCUCUGGAGCUGGAGCGGGCGUACAGCGAAAUAGAGCAACUGCAGGCUCAGAUCCAGAACCUGACAGUGCUGACCCCCGAGGGCGAGGCAGGGCUGAGCUGGCCCAUCGGGCUCCCGGCCCCUUUCACCCCACACUCUCGAUUUGAGGUGCUGGGCUGGGACUACUUCACGGAGCAGCAUACCUUCUCCUGCGCAGAUGGGUCCCCCAAGUGCCCGCUGCAGGGGGCGAGCAGGGCGGACGUGGGUGACGCCGUGGAGACGGCCCUGGAGCAGCUGAAUCGGCGCUAUCAGCCCCGCCUGCGCUUCCAGAAGCAGCGGCUGCUCAACGGGUACCGGCGCUUCGACCCGGCACGGGGCAUGGAGUACACCCUGGACCUGCUGCUGGAGGCCGUGACGCAGCGCGGGCACCGGCGGGCCCUGGCCCGCAGGGUCAGCCUGCUGCGGCCCCUGAGCCGGGUGGAAAUCCUGCCCAUGCCCUACGUCACCGAGGCCACCCGCGUGCAGCUGGUGCUGCCACUCCCGGUGGCUGAAGCCGCUGCCGCCCUCGCUUUCCUCGAGGCCUUUGCAGCCAGUGUUCUGGAGCCGCGAGAGCACGCGCUGCUCACCCUGUUGCUGGUCUACGGACCUCGGGACGGUGGCCGGGGGGCCCCGGACCCAUUUCUCGGGGUGAAGGCCGCGGUGGCCGAGUUAGAGCGGCGGCACCCCGGGACGAGGCUGGCCUGGCUCGCCGUGCGCGCGGAGGCCCCUUCCCAGGUGCGGCUCAUGGACGUGGUCUCUAAGAAGCACCCCGUGGACACGCUUUUCUUCCUCACCACCGUGUGGACCAGGCCGGGGCCCGAAGUCCUCAACCGCUGCCGCAUGAAUGCUAUCUCCGGCUGGCAGGCCUUCUUCCCAGUGCAUUUCCAGGAGUUCAACCCUGCCCUGGCACCACAGAGAUCUCCCGCGGGGCCCCCGGGGGCUGGCCCCGACCCCCCGUCCCCUCCCGGUGCCGACCCUUCCCGGGGGGCUCCCGUAGGAGGCAGGUUUGACCGGCAGGCUUCCGCGGAGGGUUGCUUCUACAACGCCGACUACCUGGCGGCCCGAGCCCGCCUGGCCGGGGAACUGGCAGGCCAGGAAGAGGAGGAAGCCCUGGAGGGGCUGGAGGUGAUGGAUGUUUUCCUCCGGUUCUCAGGGCUCCACCUCUUCCGGGCCGUGGAGCCAGGGCUGGUGCAGAAGUUCUCCCUGCGAGACUGCAGCCCCCGGCUCAGCGAGGAGCUCUACCACCGCUGCCGCCUCAGCAACCUGGAGGGGCUGGGGGGCCGCGCCCAGCUCGCCAUGGCUCUGUUCGAGCAGGAGCAGGCCAACAGCACCUAGCGCGCCCCGGGCCCGGCCCCUCUGUGGAGUUCCCCUGUCUGCCGCAGCCCCGGGAAGGGCAAGGCAAGAUGGACGGACAGAUGGAGAGCUUGUUGCUGUAUUUUUUUUUUUUAAUAAGAAAACGUUAUUAAAAGUGUCUUCUGCCAAACUGUUUUUAGGUCUAGGGGAAAUGGAGUCAGGAGGAGAAUCUGAGGGAGGGGGUAGGGAGGCUUCCCAGAGGGACCCGCCGCCUUCCCCCUUGUCCUUCCUCCCCGGUUGCCAAUGACACACGAGGCUGCUCUCAGAGGCAUGAGCUUUAAUCAUUCCCCUGCCUCACCCGGAAGGCGUCAGAGGGGCGAUGGCAGAGCCCGGGGGCGGGGCAGGCCCCGCCCAGAGGCCCUCUGCUGUGCUCCUGGUGCUCCUCUGCAGGGGCUCCUAGGUGGUGCGCACCACCAGCGACUGCUCCAGCUCCUGCCGGCGCUGCUGGAUCUUUAGAGAAAUAAGAGUACUGGCAGGUUACGCUGUUGCUGGUGAGUGACAGGACAGUCCCAGCCACCCCGCCACCCUGGAAGAGCCUUUGGGAGCAGGGAGGGCUCCUCUGUGGUGAGGGGGUUGGUAGAAGUGGCUGAGAAGCGGGACUUCUCUUGCAGAGAGAGGGGGAGGCCUGAGGGACACGGGCCCCUCCACACCUUGCAGUAGAAAUAGCGGCUGACGGCUUCCUGGGACCAGGGCUGGUGGUAAAACUCAGCCCGGCGCUCCUCCUCAGGGUUGCCUGCCACGUCCGUCAUCACCUGGGAGGAAGCGACGGGGUCAGCCCUGAGCCCGGACCCCCUCCGGCCCGCGUGUGACAACAUUUAUUGUCUUCCCGAUAUGCUUGUCUUCCAUCCAGUGCUCCCUGAGUCCCCUUCACCUUGAGGUCCCGGCUCUGGGAGCGGAGCAGGUCUUGGAUGUAGCCUUUGGGGUCUCUGGAGAAGCUUAGCAUGAAGUCCCUCUGGAUCUUGAGCUGGUUUAUGGACUCAAUCGUCUCAUGGAUCUGCAGCUCUGGGCUCGGGCCCCACCUUACUGUCCAGAGCGCUGAUCUCCUGCUGGUUGGCCGUGGACAGAAGGAAGCUGCUCAUCUGUCCCUUCAGGGGCUCCUCCACCUCCACAUCAAUGUCAUAGCACGCCGUCUUCUUCUGGUCCGACGGGUCCACGCUGCCAGGGAAGUCCAGGCCUUGGUGUCCGUGCUGCUGCCACAGAGGCCAGGGGCCCCAGGGGCAGACUGGUGGGGGGUGGGGGUGGGGAGAGGGAGGGCAGGACGGCAAUGACUCCCUGGGCUGAGGAGCAAGCUGGGGCCUCACCUGAUGACAUGGUUGAUGACAAUUGGGUCAGGGGGCAACAGCAGAGCUGUGAGGCGCUGGGGAAUCUCAGAAAACUUCAGCCGGGGGCAAUCAAAAAUCUGAAGUAGGAGAGAGAGGGAGAGAGAGAGAGAGACACCACUCUCGUCUGCUUGAAAAGAGCAGAACUACAGUCCUAGAGCCUUCCAUUCUGGGAAGGCGACGCCAUGAGCCAGUCUAACGCCUCUCCUGGGGCCGGGACUAAGGUGUCUGGGGGUGGAGUGCAGACACAGAGGUGGGUGGGGGCCGUGCAGUGGUUGGAAGCAUGGGCCCUGGGCCGGGGGCCGUGGUGCAAAUCCUGCCUCUUCCCAUUAACAGUGCAACCUUGAGCCCGUCCCCUAAAUUCGGGGGCCUCGGUGUCUUCAUCUCUAAAGUGGGUAUGGUCAUGGUACCUGUCUGCCAGGGUGGCUGUGAGGACCAAAUGUGAUCCACGUUAAGUGCCCGCGAGCAUGCCUGGCACAUGGCGAGUGCUCAAUAAACACCAACUGUUACUUUGCUCCUCGA